ACGUGAGCACCGCCUCUUCCGGGUUGUGACGUCUCCACACCGCUGUGUUGUUGUUGUGUUGUAGCAGCUGGAAGUGAAAUAUGCCAGAUUUUUGUGCCGCUUUUGGAUGCUCUAAUGAAAGAAAUGCCAGAACCAAGCAACAAGGCAUCACAUUUCACAGGUUUCCAAGAGACAAACUUAAAAGACAAAUAUGGACAGUAGCACUGAGGAGAAGGGACUUUGAGCCAAAUAACCGCUCAGUCAUCUGCAGCCAUCAUUUCAAGUCAGAAGACUUUGACAGGACCGGACAGACGACCCGUUUAAGGGAAGGAGUGAUCCCUUCAGUUUUUAUGUUUACAAAGCAACUUCACAAGGCACCCAGCUCAAACCACACCUCACACAGGGCUACAGUAGAACAUUUGGAUGUCCUGAACGUUCAGCUAGCAAAGGAUCUAGACAAGUCAGCGAGUGAAAAUCCAGAUCAUCUGUAUGCCCUCGACCCAGUCAAAGUAAAAGAACGGUUAACUGAGGCUCAGAAAAAGCUGAAGGAAUUGCAAAGGGAUUUAAGAAAUGCUAAGAACCGGGAAAGAAGACAUAAGAAGACAAUGAAGACUCUAUUGAAGGAUUUAAAACAGAAACGCAUGCUUACAGAGGAACUUCAGCAGAACCUUGAUGUUAUUCUUGUUGGUUGAAUUGGAAAUCCUCUUUUUUUAUAAUGAAUAAAUGCAUAUGUCUGAGAA